UGAAAACAAGGCGCAUUUAAGUGACCCGAUUCAUUCGCAAAGUGGACGGCGCGUUCUUUGGAGCUCGAAGCUUCUAGGAGAAACGUAUGAAUCCAAUAAGAUUCAUACAUACAAAGUCAUACGUGUCAAGGAGCCCACAUCUAUGCGUGUCAAACGCUGCUCACAACCAAAAACAUACAAAAGAGACUCAAAACCCAUGAGAUUUCCAAGCAGAGAGAUGGCUCCAAUGGUAGUAUCAAGCAACAACGGCGAUAACGGUAAGAGGUCGCAUCCCCCACACUUGGUGUUCCUCCCGUUCACAGACAAAGGCCACAUUGCGCCGUCAAUGAUCCUCGCCAACAAGCUCGCCAUUCUUCACGGCACUUCCAUCACUAUGAUCUUUGUGUCCGAGAAAGAAUUGGAAUCCUCGCCAUCGCCGGCGAGCCCCCAGAUCAAAUUCGUGGUGCUCGACACGCAGGGAGGAACAAGGAGUAAGUCCGAGGCUCUCACCGAAAAACUGGACGAGCUCAAGCGCUUGGCCUCGCCACCCGUCGCAAUUCUAGUGGAUAUCAUAGUGCUGUGGAGUGUUGACGCGAUCGAACGUAGCAAGCUCCCCAAGUUCUCGCUCUACACUGCUAGCUGCUCGUAUUUGUCCGUCAUGCUGGGGAUUAGAGCUGAGCUGCCGGAACCCCAGAUCGAUGAGUCCCGGGCGGGGUUCCAGCCAAGGAUCGACGAUCCCGAGAUGCCGGAUUUUGGAUCCCACGAUUGGAAACGCGACCUCGGGGAAGCGCAGGCAGUGCUUGUGAAUUCGUGCGAAGAGCUCGAGCGCCAAGCCGUGGAGGAGCUGAUUAGAGCCCGGCCCCGCAUCCCGCCAGUUCUUCCCGUCGGCCCCUUGCUAGCGAUCGAUGCCGAUUCGCCCAAUCCCAAGGCAGUGGGGCAUGAACCAUCGCCACCCAAUGCCGAGGCGUGCAAGCAGUGGCUGGACGAGCAGGAGCCCUCGUCGGUGAUCUUCGUCUCGUUUGGCAGCAGGACGUUUCUGGGCGAGGAGCAAAUCCGCGAGCUCGCGACUGGAUUGGAAGGCAGCAAGCGGCCAUUCAUGUGGGUUCUUCCAGUCCCUCCACACUGGGCCGAUGGCACCAAGGAAUACCUGGAUCAUGUUCUUCCCGAUGGAUUCCUGGCGAGAAAUCAAGGCGGCCUCAUCCUGUCUGGAUGGGCGCCUCAGAAGAUGAUCCUCCAGCACAGCUCCCUGCUAGCAUUCGUGACGCACUGCGGCUGGAAUUCCGUGCUCGAGUGCCUCUACCUGGGCGCCAAGCCGAUGCUGUGCUGGCCGUUCGGCGCGGACCAGCCCGAGAACGCUCGAUUCAUCGAGGAGGAGAUCAAGGCCGGGGUGGAGCUGGAGAAAGAUGGCGGUGGAAUCGUGCGCAGUGGCGAGAUCCAAGCCAAGAUCGAGGAGGUGGCGAGGCUGGAGGCCAGGAACUCCUCUGGCAAUGCGGCUACCCUAAAAGAGUACGUGAGGAAUGCGCCGAGCUCCGCCAAAAACCUCCAAGCAUUUGCAGAGGCUCUAUCACAAAUGUAAGAUUGUUAUUCCAUAAGCUGUUUAUAAUAGUGUUCGUAGAUAAGCUUACAGAUCGA